UUACAGAAGAAGUGGAGAGGGGAGUCGACUAAUACAGCAAAAUCUGGUUUGGGGGGGAAGUGUUCUUGUAAUACACAUAAACCCCAGUGUGAGUGUGUGUGAGAGGGAGACAGAGAGAGAGAGAAAAGGGGGGAGAGAGAUGCUUGUGGCACCAGGUUUUUGCAGAGCUCAACAAUAUUUCACUCAGGAAUCGGUGUGUGUGUCUUUUUCUUUCUGUGUGUGUGUGUGUGUGUGUGUGUGAAGCGUUUAUAGUGCCCCACCCUGUCUUCUUCUGUGCGUAAAAAAAAAAAAAAACCUCCCACGUAUACAUCAUCACACACCACGUUCCUCUCCAAGCAGCGGGACGAGCGGAGGAUAACGGCUCACCUCCUCGCGGACAGUUUGGAAACAGAGAUGGGAGUGGAGCGACGGCUUCUCGGGCUAUGACACGGACACACCGGGCGGGAAGGAUGGCUCUAACCAGCCGGGAAAUGUUGUGCUUGAUCGGAACCUGCCUCUGGCUGCCGCUAUUGGCGGAGGUGGUGGCUGAGGACAGUUACUUAAACGAGGUGCAGAACUCAGUGCCUCUGUCCUGCUCUGAGGGAUUCACAGAGUUGGGAUACUAUAACGGCACUGUGUCCCAGACGGACUCUGGCGCCCCCUGUCUGAAGUGGACCGAGUUUCCAGACUAUGUCAUGCAGUACCCGGGUCGAGGGCUAGGCGAUCACAGCUACUGCAGGAACCCGGACCGGGAGUCAAACCCCUGGUGUUUCUUCAGACAAAACUCUGGAGCCAUCGGAUGGGCCUACUGCGACUGUCACCAGGGUGCUGCUCGUCUGGUCGGCACCUCAUCCUCCGGCAGCGGGCGGGUCGAGGUCUAUCUGAAUGGCCAGUGGGGAGCGGUGUGUGACUCUCACUGGACGGACAGAGACGCAAGUGUGAUCUGCAGGCAGCUGGGCCUGGGGGACAUUGGGACGGCGUUGCAGCACUCACAGUUCGGCUCGGGCUCUGGCCUCUUUCACUACGAGCGCCUGGGUUGCCGCGGGGAUGAGAACACCCUGAGUAAGUGCCGGAGCAGGACGUUCGUCACCGGUGACUGUAGCCAUGGAAACGAGGCAGCAGUGGUGUGUGCGCCGCCAGAAGGCAGUGGCCCUCCGCUGCGUUUGGUCGGAGGCGAGGAAGACUUUGAAGGUCGGGUGGAGGUUUUUCACGCUGGGAGGUGGGGCUCCGUCUGUGACGACCAGUGGGACGACAGAGAUGCAGAGGUGGUGUGCAGACAACUCGGUUUUGGGGGUGUGGCGAAGGCCUGGUCGUGGGCGCACUUCGGGCAGGGUUCAGGUCCGAUCCUGCUGGAUGCUGUGAAGUGCACAGGAAACGAGCUCUUCCUGGAUCAGUGUCCCCAUGGUGACUGGGAGCAACACAACUGUGACCACAUGGAGGAUGCUGGGGUCUCCUGCAGCCCUUAUACAGAUGGUGUGGUGCGUCUGGUGGGGGGAGACUUUCCCUGGGAGGGUCGAGUUGAGGUUUUCCACAACGGUGACUGGGGAACGGUGUGUGACGACCACUGGACCCAGCAGCACGCAGUGGUGGUCUGCAGACAGCUGGGCUACAGGGGUCACGCUGAGGUCGUGUCAGACGGUACAUUCGGCGAGGGCGUCGGUCUGAUCCUCCUGGACGAUGUCCACUGUGAGGGAUCAGAGACCUCCUUGCUGGACUGUCAACACGGGAUCUGGGGGCGGACCGACUGCUCCCACAGCGAAGACGUCGGGGUUCGCUGCCGGGGCCGACCCAGCCACGAGACCAACGAGGUGCCGGUCAUCGCACCUUCAACAGGUCCCCUGGUGCGUCUUGUGGGUGGCAGCAGCAGGAAGGAGGGUCGAGUCGAGGUGUAUCUCCAUGGUGACUGGGGGAGUAUUUGUGAUUCAGGCUGGAAUGACCUGAAUGCAGCCGUGGUGUGCAGACAGCUCGGACACAGUGGUGGAGCAGUAGCAGCUGGAGGGUUCGGUCAGGGGAAAGGGCCCAUCCACCUGGACCAGGUGAGGUGCACGGGGAAGGAGGAGUUCCUGGGAGAGUGUCCCUCUCUGGGUCAGAGCUUCCAGGGCUGCAGGCGCAGGGCAGACGCAGGGGUGAGGUGUGACGUCACGCCGCAGGAAUCGACCGUACAGGCCAAGCCUCAGGAGCUGAGCUGUGGGCUGAGGAAGCUGGUGGAGGAUGAGAGCAAGAGGAGGAACCAAGGAGAGGAAAACAUGCUCAGGACCACGUGGCCGUGGCAGGUGUCAGUGUGGCUUCAGUCACAAGGAGAAGAUGGUGGUCCUCUCUGCAGCGGCACUCUGAUCAGCCCCUGCUGGGCCCUGACGUCUGCUCACUGUGUCAGCAGGUUUGGCAACGAUCCGUCCAAGUACGUGGUGCGCGUCGGGGCGUCGGAGCAGACUCUCAUCCCGGAGCAGGUGGUGGUUCACAGGAAGUUCAAGGGUCAGAGCGGAGGUCAUGAUCUGGCUUUGCUGAAGCUCCCCAGCACCAAAGGUCACUGUCUGACCUUUGACCCUGACACCAAUGCAGCAUGCCUUCCUGGUCCAGACACCGCAUCAGAGGGAAAUACUCCAUCCUCCUGUGUUGUCAUGGUUACCGCUGGCUGGUCAGGACCAGACUCAGUUCUUGCAUCCUGGGUCCCUCUGAUGUCAUCAUGGCAAUGUAAGAAGCGCUAUGGCGACAGCUUCUCCAGCCACGGUACACUGUGUGCUGGCAGUCCUCCAGACACCAGCCUCCUCCAUGGCGACAGCUGUCAGGGCAACUCUGGAGGCGGGCUGGUGUGUCAGGGGGAGACAGGUCGAUGGGUCCUCACUGGGGUUGUUGCCGGGGGUUACAGCUGCGCUGACCCUGCCUCUCCUGCCCUCUAUACUCGGGUCAGCCGCUUCAGGAGCUGGAUCGACGAGGUCAUCAACACACGAGCACAUCCAGAGGAGCCACAGGCGCACACACAGACACAAGAAGAUCUGACACACAAUGACCUAACACACGAGGAACACACGCACGGCGAGGGCAAAGAUAAAUACUUUCACACUCACGGCAAGCUCAAACACAUGCACGACCACCAACAGACAAAUGAAAUCGGCGAGAUUAAAAUGAAACACACACACACUCAUCACUCACACACUAAUCAGCACGUGAACACUCACACUAAGAGCACACACACCCACCACGUAGGGGAAUCAGACACAAACACACAAAUUCUGGUCUGAUCGAGGCCCUGCCAUUGGCUUACCAUCUGUGCCAUGUGACCGCCUGAGGAGGAGGAGGAGGGUUAAAGGAAGACAAAACAAAAAGAAAGAUGCUCUUAACUUAAGUCAGUAUAAAAACGGCCGUCUCCGUGCUCAUGUCAAAUCUGAACUCAGUGUUGUGAAUCCCAAGUGUUAGCGGUUGCUACUCGUCAGAUGAGCUGCAGCAGUGUGGGCAGACCUUCCCCAACUGCCAGGAUGUCAGGAUGUGUGGGUGUUGUGUGGUGCUUUAACAUGUGAGCUGCAGCCCGUUAAGAGCCAGAACAGUGACUGAUGGGUCGGCAGCGUUUCGGUUGAGCCUGGCAGAUUUAUCAGUGUGCUUGAUAAGCAAGGGCCUAAAUCAAAAAAAAAUAAAAAUAAAAAUAAAAAUUAGCAUGGCAUGUAUUUUAAGGACUGUAGUGUUAGCAUCAAAACAUUCGGGGGACAUUUCUAAGAUGGUCACACGAGAAUCUAUGCUAAAAAAUUCACCUAUUAACGUGCGUCUUCUGUGUGAGCUGUUAGAAGAUUUCUGUUUAGUAACAAAAAUCUAACCAUCAGAACAUCUUGCAUUAACGGCUGACUGCAUAUCAUCACCGUCCCUCUGAGAUUAUUAAUGUAGAUAAACCCUAAACUCCUGCAGCAGGUGAGGCUUGUCCCAAGUUGCGUUUGGAUAUAAAUUCAGAUGUGGGUGAUGUUGCUUUUUUCAAACAGGGCUCCUCUCUUCAGGCUGUUGUCUUAUACCUUUACUGUUGAAAGUGCUGUUGUUCAUUUAGACCCAUGACUAAGCUAUUUAACUUGGGACCAUAUCAGUGAUUUAGCAUGUUGCUGUGUAUUUAUUACCAAUGAUGUGUAGUUCAUACUGCUGCUGACUGUUUUAGAAGCCGUGCUGUUGUGUUUCAGGGUAAAAAGGGAAUUGAAGAGCUUAAAAUGACAUUAAAUGUUGGAAUUGAAUCCACAAUUGUCGUUCCUGAGUCCAAAUCCAGUUCAUGUCACAAAAACUGAAGAUAAAAUGUUACAGAAUGCAACUGAGAAAUCCAAAUAAUGAAAACAUAGAAAUAUCAGUAUUACAAAAGGGAAGGAAAUGUUGCACAAACAUCAGGAAAGCCAUCCUAAAGUGCAUCUGUGACUUCUGUUUAAGAAGUUAUUCAAAACCUUCACCUUUUUAGAAGAGCUUUUAAUACUUGAUUUAACCGCCACUUAUUAUGUUGUUUUUCCUUAUUUAUCAUCAACUGUGUAAAGCGUCUUUGAGUAUCUUGAAACGCUCUCCAAAUGAAAAUUUAUUAUCAUUAUCAUUCGUACUUUUCACCCUCAAACACAUCAGAAAUCUCCACCAUCAAGUCUAAACCCACUGGAUGUAGAGAGCCUAAAGUAAUCAAGUAUUAUUCUCUUUGAUAAAGUUUUUGUCUCUAUGUUGUGAAUGUGAUGAUCCCCCAUCACAUCGUAUCCCUAACAUUCCAGGUAGCUGUUAGUUUCAUAUGAUCUUCAUGCAAUAUGAAAAUCAAUUAACAGACUCUUGAAAUUUGUGGACUCCAUCACAAUAAAAGUUAAAUCUGCAUUAUUGCUGAGAGGUAAUGCAGUGUAGAUCAAUUAAACAGCAUUACCCCCACAGUAAUAAUGGACCUUAAAAAAAAGAAGAAAAAAAAGAAGAAGAAGCAGGUUUUAAGAGCCUGCUAAUUCAUUUCUUUUCCAAAGGAAAAACAAAGGAAAGCCUAGCUGCCUUGAAAAACAGCAAAAAUAUGCACAAAAAACCUGAAACACUACAGUAUGGUUUUGUCAGCAGUUUAUCAAGUGUACAUAAUUUAUUGUAUUUGUAGUUAAGAGGGUAAAACUUGCAAAAAAUCACUGGUAUGGUCCUUUAAAAUUGUACAGGACAAUUCUCUCCUUUCAAAGCCAUUGGAAGCUGACUGUCGGGUCAUAAAAUAUCUUUUUGUACUGAUUCCAGCAGAUGGCGCUAGAUAGAUAAAGAGUAGGCAGAUAGACCGGUAGAUAGCUACUACUCCAGAGUUUAGAUAGUAUGUGUACUGCAUUCAUUCUUGACUGACUUAGAUAGCCGAACUGUUGAAGUUAAAUGUUGUCUGUUCUGAUGUUCGCUGAGCAGAUGCGUUAUCUCACCACAAGAUGGCGACAUUGCUCUAUUUUCACAGGGCCACCGACAGUUGGAUAAGGUGGCCCUGUUGUUGAAUAAUUCUUUUUAUACUCUUGCUAUAAGUGUAUGGACUUGAUUUGUGCUUUGAUGUACUGUGAACCACUGUGUCGUGAAGCAUCUUGUAACCUGCAACUGCUGUUUUCUCCAACAUGGACCCACCCGAUGCCUGUUGUUAUGAUUCCUGUACAUAAACUCAAGCCUAUCACUGCUCCAUCCUUCCUGAGACUUGAUGUUUUACCAUGCAGAUCCUGUAGGUUAAUGUAAAUACUGUAUGUCUGCAGCUGGAUGGCGAGGGAACAGAGUAAAGUGUUUUAGGAUGUAGGCCUACUUUACCUGUGUUAAAUCCAUCAGCUGUUCCUCAGUGUAAUGUGCUGAAUCAUGGUGGAGUAUUAAAAAAUAUACCUGGUGAGAAAAUGCCA